GAAAGAACAUCAGCGGUUUGUUUACUCUCGCUGUAAAUGCAUAUUUUAUUUACUGUAAGCACAAACUAAUCCGUUAUCAAGGACGUUUCCAGCGCGUUAGCUGUCGCGUGCGGUUCAGGUUAUCUAACGGAAGAGGAGCUAAGGAACGGCUAACGUUAGCCGUUAGCUUGGUGCCGGUAACUGAAGACGGGGCCCCUCUAUGGGCCACCCGGGGCCAUGAGCGCAGAGCCGGACCCGCUGGCCGUCGUCAACCAGCUGAGGGACCUGGCGGCCGACCCCAUGAACCGCAGGGCCAUCGUCCAGGACCAGGGCUGCCUGCCGGGCCUCAUCCUGUUCCUGGACAACCCCAACCCCCAGGUGGUCUACUCCGCCCUCCUGGCCAUCCGGUACCUGGCCGAGCACCGGGCCAACCAGGAGCAGCUGAAGGAGGAGCUGGGGAUGCUGCCGAGCCUCCAGAACGUCACGCAGAAGUCCACGACCCCCGGGGAGACCAAGCUGCUGGCCUCUGAGAUCUACGAGCUCCUGCGAUCCUGCUCCUCCGGCUCCUCCUCUGCGCGGGCGCAGGAGGCCGUCAGCAGCAGCAGCCGCCGCCGCAAAGCGCAGUUCUUCAUGGGCUCCAGCAACAAGCGGGCCAAGACCGUCGUCCUGCACAUCGACGGCCUGGAUGACUAUGGUCGCAGGGGUCAAUGUGAGGAGGCGCUGUUGAGGAUCAGAGGCGUCAUCAGCUUCACUUUCCAGAUGACCACGAAGAGGUGCGUGGUCCGGAUCCGAUCGGACCUGAAGGCCGAGGAUCUGGGCUCUGCGAUCGCCUCCACUCAGGUGAUGACGGCUCAGCAGGUGGUGAGAGCGGAGAACGGGGACGAGGUCUUUGUCCCGCUGGUGGAGGACGGCUCCGCCCCGGCUCAGCAGGGCGUGGACCUGCCAGACUACCUGCCGGAGGAAGACAGUCCGUCUCAGGAGCCCGACAAGGCGGUGAGCCGGUUGGGUUCUGGCCCGGAUGGGAAUAGCUGGCUGGGCGCCGCCACAAACUUCCUGUCCCGCUCCUUCUACUGGUGAAAUCCGCCCGCCGCAGUGAACGCAGAAAAAGAAAACUGCAGGAUCGUGGUUUCAGUUUGAGCUUUCUGCAAACGGGUCACACCAAGCGGUCCUAACAGACAGGAAGUGAGUGACGUGAGCAGAGAGUCCCUUCCUCCCUCCGGCCUCUGGGUCAUUAUGUGUUCGACCCGGAGACCGAGCCGAUGUGUUUUUGAGGUCGGGCUUCGGUCGGCGGUGCCUUUUGGUCCUCUGAGGCGGUUCUGUCCAUCUGUGUCCUCAUGACUUCAUCAGGUCCACGGCCUCCGUCACCAGAGGCCUUUAAAUGUUGUAGGUGUCUCCCAUGUGACUGCAUGAGCUAGGAUAGCUGCAGCUAACCGCUAACCCAUUAGCCAAACUCCCAAGGAUGUUCUCUUGACGUCCAGCUGCCAUUUUGUUUGAUGAUAAGUUGUAAGGGCCGAGCUCUCUGGUUGUGUUUGACAGUAAGUCAAGUUCAAAGGUCACCAUAGUGCAGUCAAAGUUAUGUCAGUGUUCUGCAUGAUUAUGUUUCUGGACAGCUUCUCCGCUUAAAGAUCAUCCAUCCAUCUUCACACCGCUCAUCCUGCACACGGGGUCUUGGGGGGCUGGAGUCCAUCCAGCAGACUUCAUGUGAUAGACGGGUUCAUCCUGGACGGGUCACCAGCCAAUCACAGGGCUACACAGAGACACACAACCACUCACACACCUACAGGCAACUAGAGUCACCAACCAACCUGAUCCCCAGAGCAGGUCUUUGGACUGUGGGAGGAACCCGGAGAACCCGGAGAGAACCACACAGACACGGGGAGAACAUGCAGACUGCACACAGAAAGGCCUCUGGGCCGAGUGGAACCACGACCUUCUUGCUGUGAGGCGUCGCUUAAAGACUAUUUAUUAUAAAAACUAUUUAUUUCCAUUUGUACCCUUUCUUAAAGGGAUUAUGAAUAUUCCGCUUGGAAAGUAGGGUUCUUAACAUGUAGAGAACAUGUAGAGUUUUACAGCAGCAGUGUUUCCUCUGAAACGGUUAAAAUGACCUUUAAUGAACGUUUCUCCUCCUGAUGUGACGCUGCCGUUUGUCCACCUGUGAGUGGUGCUCAUAGCUCCGCCCACACCACACUCUGGCCAAUCACAUUCUAGCCCGUUGUCAGCAUGCUGCUCUGUAUUUGACCGUCACACACUAAUCAGUUGGUAAAGAGUAACUUAUUAGAAAUACUACAAGAACAAUGUCAAAGGUCAACGUGCUGGUCUUUGACGUUUUAAUCUUAGUUACAUAAUAUAACUGGUUUUAUGUAACUAUGGAGAAGCACAGUUAAUGUCACCUUCAUCUUCAUCAUCGAGCCGUUCUGUUGAGAUACUUUCAAACCAACUUAACAUGUUUGCAAAUUGUAAUAUUAACAUUUAGUUUGAAUAAACAAUAUUUAAUAUACAUAAAAUGCAAAUUAAACACAAUGUAUGAAUGCAAUGGAUCAAUAAAUAAAACUGCUAAUAAAACUGA